AUCCGGGGGCGGAGCCGGCGCGGCCGGCCAGGCGGACGGGCGCGGGCCUCGGGGCCGCGAUGGGCGAGGGCGGGCUGCCCCCGGCCUUCCAGCUGCUGCUGCGCGCCUGCGACCAGGGCGACACGGAGACGGCGCGGCGGCUGCUGGAGCCGGGGGCGGCGGAGCCGGCGGAGCGCGGCGCGGAGCCCGAAGCGGGCGCAGAGCCGGCGGGGGCCGAGGCGGCCGGGCCCGGGGCGGCGGCGGCGGCGGCGGCCGGAGCGCCCGUGCCUGUGGACUGCUCAGACGAGGCGGGCAACACGGCGCUGCAGUUCGCCGCGGCCGGGGGCCACGAGCCGCUGGUGCGCUUCUUGUUGCGCCGCGGCGCCUCGGUCAACAGCCGCAACCACUACGGCUGGAGCGCGCUUAUGCAGGCAGCCAGAUUUGGGCACGUGAGCGUGGCACACCUCCUUUUGGAUCAUGGAGCUGAUAUCAAUGCCCAGAACCGUCUAGGGGCCAGCGUGCUCACUGUGGCCUCUCGGGGUGGCCACCUGGGUGUGGUGAAGCUGCUUCUGGAAGCUGGUGCCUUUGUGGACCAUCACAGCUCCUCAGGCGAGCAGUCAGGGGACAGCAGGGAUGAGCUGUUGGACAUCACAGCCCUGAUGGCUGCCAUCCAGCAUGGGCAUGAGGCUGUGGUGCGUCUGCUGAUGGAGUGGGGCGCGGACCCCAACCACGUGGCCCGAACCGUGGGCUGGAGCCCACUGAUGCUGUCAGCACUCACUGGGAGGCUCAGCAUGGCUCAGCAGCUGGUGGAGAAGGGGGCCAACCCUGACUACCUCAGCGUGUUAGAGAAGACCGCCUUCGAGGUUGCACUUGACUGCAAGCACAGGGACCUUGCAGACUACCUGGACCCACUGACCACUGUCAGGCCCAAGACAGAUGAGGAGAAAAGGCGGCCUGAUAUUUUCCACGCGUUGAAAAUGGGAAACUUCCAGCUGGUCAAAGAGAUCGCAGACGAAGACCCUAACUAUGUGAACCUGGUCAAUGGGGAUGGGGCAACCCCGCUGAUGCUGGCGGCCGUCACGGGGCAGCUGCCUCUGGUGCAGCUGCUGGUGGAGAGGCGCGCUGACAUCGACAAGCAAGACAGCGUGCAUGGCUGGACAGCCCUCAUGCAGGCCACCUACCAUGGGAAUAAGGAAGUUGUCAAAUACCUGCUAAACCAAGGAGCUGAUGUCACUCUUCGUGCAAAAAACGGGUACACGGCCUUUGACCUAGUGAUGCUGCUGAGUGACCCUGACACGGAACUUGUUCGACUGCUGGCAUCUGUCUGCAUGCAGGUGAAUAAAGACAAAGGCCGGCCCAGCCACCCACCACCUCUGCCCCACUCGAAGGUCCGACAGCCUUGGAGUGUCCCAGUGCUGCCUGAUGACAAAGGCGGGCUCAAGUCCUGGUGGAACCGAAUGUCCAAUCGGUUCCGGAAGCUCAAACUGAUGCAGACCCUGCCCCGCAGGCUCUCCAGCAACCAGCCAUUGCCUUUCUGUGAUGAACCAGACUCAGCGCUGGACUCCACAAUGAGGGCGGCCCCCCAGGACAAGACAAGCCGCUUGGGGCUUCAUGAUGUAGCCCCCACAGUGAAAGAUAAUGGUCCCGGGAGCAUGAGAGGAGACAAAGAAGAUGUGUUAUUGACAACCAUGCUUCGAAAUGGAGCCCCCUUCCCCAGACUCCCGAGUGACAAGCUGAAGGCAGUCAUCCCCCCUUUCUUACCCCCUUCCAGUUUUGAGCUGUGGAGCUCGGACCGGUCCCGGACAUGUCACGGUGGGAAGGCAGAACCCAUGAAGACUGUGCUGCCCCAGAGAGCUGGCCGGAGUGCCCCCGUGGGCAUGGGCGGUGGGAGCACAGACGCUACUCCUGUCAGGCCGGUUAAAUUUCCAUCUCUCUCCAGAAGCCCCGCCUCUCCUGCCAAUUCCGGAAACUUCAACCACUCACCUCAUUCCUCAGGCGGCUCCAGUGGGGUCGGGGGCUCCAGCAGGCAUGGUGGGGAGCUGCAUAACCGCUCAGGUGGCAGCAUAGACAGUGUCCUGUCACAAAUUGCUGCCCAGAGGAAAAAGGCAGCCGGAUUAUCUGAGCAGAAGGCCAGCCACCGGUCAAGUCCUGUUGGGCCAGCGCCGGGGUCCGGCUCAUCUGAGCUCCCAGUCUCUCCUGCAGGCAGCGGCGGUCCCAGUGGCAAGCAGAAACUGGAGACGAGCAAACGGCCUUUGUCUGGAACUUCCACUACCUCCAAAAGCACCUCCCCCACACUCACGCCCUCCCCUUCGCCCAAAGGGCACGCGGCCGAGUCCUCUGUGUCCUCCUCGCCCCAUCGGCAGUCCAAGAGCAGUGGGGGCUCCAGCAGCGGCACCAUCACAGAUGAAGAUGAACUGACUGGAAUCCUCAAGAAAUUAUCACUUGAGAAGUAUCAGCCCAUUUUUGAGGAGCAAGAGGUGGAUAUGGAAGCAUUCCUCACGCUUACCGACGGCGACUUGAAGGAGCUGGGUAUUAAGACAGAUGGGUCCAGGCAGCAGAUUUUGGCAGCAAUUUCUGAACUGAAUGCAGGCAAGGGACGCGAGAGACAGAUUUUACAGGAAACCAUUCACAACUUCCACUCUUCCUUUGAGAGCAGCGCCAGCAACACCAGGGCCCCUGGAAACAAUCCCUGUACAUGAUCCUCCCUCCUGUGGUCACCAUCGUGAGCUUUCUGAAUUCCAGUACGGCCCUCACACAGCCAGUGCUCCGGCCACCGUCAGCUCUUUCCCCAUUCCCUGAAACAGGCCACACUUUGUCACACCACCAUGCCUUUGUUCGCUCUGCCCAGAACACCUGUCUUCCCUUCCCUGCUGUAGUAGUUGGUGAUGCUUGUUGCUGUAACAAACUCAAAACAUGGUAGACUUAACCUCACAUGAAGUCUGGUAUGGCUGCUUCUGCUUGGCAGGUGAUUUCACACUGUGAUUUGGGGACCCAUCUCAUUUCAUCUUGCAGCCCUGCCAUCCCCAGGGACCUUAGCAUCUUUUCUUCUGGUUGGCAAAAAGGGGAAAGGGACAGUGGAGAAGGCACAGCCAUUCUUAACUACUUUCCUCUUAAUUGCCCUUGUUCCAUCUGUUCCUCCUCACAUUCCAUUGGCCUCCAGUAGUCAUGUGGCGUCAUCUGAGUGUGAAGGAUGCUGGGAAAUGUAGUCUUUGUUUAGGUGGUGGCUCCCCAGCAGCAACUCUAAACUUAGCUGGGGCAGCAUGUGUUUUGGAGAAUGCUUAGCCUUCCCUGACACAUCUUUCCGGAAAACUUCUAACUUGUUCUUUGUGAUCCAAGUCGCCUGUACAGUGAAGCCUUUCUUGACUCUUUUACAUAGAACUAACUUUUCAGCCCCUGGGGUCCUUUACUGCAUGUCUGAAACUCUGUUCUAAUGCUUGGCUGCACCCACUGCAUACAACAUACAACAGGUGUUCAGGAUGUGUAUGUUGAAUGCAUUUUUCUUUGUUGCAAGGGCAACCUUUUCUAUAGGAAACAAGAGUAAGCCCGCUGCGUGAUCCUGGAUCCCUUCUUUCUGGCCUAAGUGCCGUCACCUGCAAGAUCAGGGCUUGGGCAGGAUGAUGCUCUAAUUCUAUGCUGUUCACCCGUAUCACUGUAGGGCUUUCUACACUUCAGGUGGGAGCAGAAGACCCUAAUAGAUUACACUGUGGAAGGACUUUGGUGCUCACAUUUUCUAGACAAAGAGCUAAGCAUUUGGAAUUUCUCGUAUACCCUGUUAAUGCUAUGUUCCUCAGAAGGGAAUUAGUUCUUACAAUUUUCUGCCAUGUCAUAGUACCUCAGCAGCGCCCCGACUUCUAAAAUCCAGUAGCUUUUGGAAGUGUUUUCAAGUGAGUAAUUUGUUUGGCCAGUGCUUGCUACAUUUCUUUUACGUGCUGAGUGCGGGGGAUACAGAGAUGAGCUAGAGCCAGUCCCACCCUUGGGGACCUCGAGAGGCAGGAGAGGAUGUGAACAGACGAUCCCAACCUCGAGAGGCAGUAUGACAGAGUAGGAAGAGUUUGUACUCUGGACUCGGGCUCAGAGUUCACAUCCAGUCCUUCGGCUGGCCAGCUGUGUGGCCGGGACAUGUCACAUAGCCUCUUGCCCAGAGCCUAGAGCCAGCGUGCAGAAAGCAAUUGGUCUGCACGAAGUAGACAGCAGCCUUCACAGUUUUGGUCUCUGCCACAAGCUCUGCCAGGCCACAUGUCCUCGGGAGGUGCGGUCUUCCCUAUGCCUCUCCCAGCCAAAGGCCUGGUCCCCUCCACUGGCUUCUUGAGAGGCAGUCGUGACCACAUAGCCCAGAGCCACCUCAUGCUCGCCCUCUGCCUGUUGGGCCAGUACCUCCAUCUUUUCAUCCCUCCCACUGGCAGCUGCCAACAUGCAACAUGACUGAAGCGAAAAGGUUUCACUUUGCCUUUGCUGACAGGCAUCUUUAUAAAUGUCCCUCAAAUCCCGGCCUUUAAUGAGAAAUAGUCCUAGAGCUCCUACUGUGUGUGGCAGCUUGACUGCAGUGUCAUCCGUCCUCACCGCCAUGCGGGAGAAUCCUGCACGUCUGAAAGACAGAGUGCAGCUGCGUGCCAGCAACAUAGCCCAGAGGGGGCAGAGCUGGCUUAGAACCGGAUCUGGUGUGCUCUGGGCCCCUGCCUUUCCACCGACCCGCGUAGACUCCUGGAGCUGGGAGCAUCGGGGAUUCUCACUGUUGUAAUGGUCUGAUCUCUCCAGGGGUUAUCAGUGGGCCUAGGGUUGUUUGCCCUUGAAAUACGUGGCCCUGGAGUGACAUGCCUUGAGGUUUUGUGUCUGCCUCUUGCUGCUGUCCUGUUUUUUUCAUAACCCCUAUAUUCGUGCAGCUUCCUGUCAGGUAGGUUCGAACAUCCAUCAUAUACAAGGGCUGUGCUGGAGGAGUCUGCUUUCCACAGUUCAGAAUCCUGUGAUUUCAUCUGAUGACACCAGACAGAGCUGGGCUGAUUCCCAAUUUGCAGACGGGAAACCUGAGGCUCAGGACAAGUGUCUCUCUUGUCUUUCUCACUAGACUCAAGUGGUUCUAAGGCAGUUUGUGGAGUGGUGAGAGAUUCCUGGCACCCAUUCUGGGCCAUGAUCUCCCCCUUCCUGGUAGCCCCUCCCAUCUCACAUGUAUCCCUAGGCUGCCUGCAAGGGUCUGUUCUCCUCCACAGUAAAUGUUUCCCUUGCUCGAUGACCUUCACCAGCAUUCCCCAAAAUGUAUUCCUUGGAACACUAGUUCCAUAGGAUGUUAAUGGAUUUUUCAUAAAGAAAAAUAAAGGGAGUGUAUAUGUGAAAGUAGGAUGAGGCUCUGAUCAAAUAGGUUUGGCAGGCACUGGGUUAAAGCCCAGUUACUGGACUGUCUUGCUGUAGGACAUCUCAGAACCCUCGGCACGCCAGCGUGUGUGUUGGGCCUCUUAUAAGGGGGUCAGGUAGUACGUAGUAUUUCCCAUACGUUUGAUCACAGUGCUUCUUCAUGGUGCUGUUGCAAGACAGACUCCUUGGACGCCGUCCGGGAAACCCUGCUUUAACUAGGACAGCAGCAGCCAUGAGGACUCGCAGCCGCUGGGGGCGGGCAAGGGGGCACUCGGACUUCAGCCGGGUCAGGGGUCUUCGCUGCUCAUCCAUCCCCAGCAGCUCUUGGCAGAGGUGCCCUGCUUGGCAGUAGGACAUCAGGGUGGGGGAGUCCCUUGACUUUUAGGUGAUUGGGACCUUGCUCAGAGGCCUCUCCACCUUGGGGGUCUCCUGCAGGGUAGAGGGCGUUGGUUCCCAGCCUGAGUGCAGUGUCCUGCCCGGUGGGUGCUGGGUGUCCGUGCCACACCCCCACUGGCCAGGGCAUCCUCCCACCUUUCUUCCUUUAGGGCCAGACCAUUCCAUGGAAGCCAGCUAGUUUUGCUAGGAGAAUGUUUACUUUUUCAUGCUUUUGUUCCCCAGACAUUCACUGAGCAUCCAGUCUGUGCCUGCCCCUGCUUGUGUUUUGGAUCCAGAGAUGAAAAUACACUCAUUCCUGCCUUCAAGGAACCCACAGUGUUUUAGAGGAGACAGGCAUGUAAAUAAAACAUUGUGGUGCCGUGUGAAGAGUCUUGUCACGAAAGCGUGUGCUAGGUCCAUGGCACAGAGAAUGUCAUUUGUGAUGGCUCAGGUUUGGCCCCCCAGGAGGGAGCUGGCAGAUGAGGAAGUGAAAGGGCACCCAGAUUGAGGGACAGCCUGUGUGAACUUAGUCUGCAUAUAGCAUUCGCGGGCUACAUAUUGCUGGAGAGAAGUUAGAUACCUGUUUUUCUGAUUUGGGUUGGGGUGUGUGUGUUUCUGUUUUUUAUUCUUUUAUUUUUUUUAUUUGGGUUCUUUUCUUUGAAGUGCAUAGAAGCAAUCUGUCACCCUGGAAAGAGCACUGAAUCUAGAGUCAGCCCUAGCACCGGGGUUUGGCUCAGCCACUUACUGAGUAACAGCGGGCUUGUUUCUUCUCCUUGAAUCUCCAUUUCCCUUUUGGUUAGAAGGGGCUGGUGCUCCCCAAGGUGCUGAGGAUCAGAUGAAAGUGAGAAAGCCCUUUUCACAGCGUGUGGGGCUGUGCAGAUCUGAGAGAUCACUAUGGCUGCACAUUGAAAUCAAUCUCAGUCUCUCUGCCUCUCUCCUUUCCCCACCCCCAUGGCCCACUUGCCUGGAUGUAGCCAUGGGUGGGGAGGGGGGGAGUAAGACCAGAGGAAGGGGCCUACAGCCAGAGGUAGCCCAGCUUAGAUGGCUCUGCUGGCAUCAGCCCAAGGCUGACAGUGGAUCCCCACGCUCCAGCUGUGCCUGACUCUGGGUGUUUGUGUCUCUGGGAUUCCCAGCAAGGUGGACGGAAAGAAGCAGGAAGGCUUUCCAGCCAAACUGCAGGAGCUGAUCCAGCAGACAAAGAGGAGGCAGGAAACCCUUCCAGUUUUCUCUUACCUUGGAACUGCCCAAGGACACUACUGUGCAGGUCAGGAUUGGACUGGGCAGCUCUUGACAUCCACACUGACCUUUGCUACCAAGAAUAUCUCCUGAAGCCUCAGGACCCUUCUUGGGAAAAUUUUGCAGCCCAUACCGAAGGUGUUGUGAAGCAUCAUCUGUGCUCGUAUGUCUUUGUCCAUUUCAAGCAAGAUAAUCAUGUCUUUUUAACUAAUAGAUCCUGUUCAGCAUGUAAGGACACCCGAUGUUUUCCCCGAUAAAGUCAAUACUAAAUUGUGUAGGAUAGGCCGGAAGAUGAAUUUCCUCCCUGGAAGAUGGGGUAGGUGAGUCACUUCCUCUGGGUGGGUUCUCCUUAGAUAUUUCUGCAGGGCUUGCCAGGCUCCCUGCUGGCCUCAGGGGGCCUCUGCUCCUCUGUAACAUGCAGCCUAAGAGGGGAUUAGAUCCUGCUUUAAAUUUUAGUCCCUUGUCUAAGAGCCAAUCUCUAUAGAUGGUGAGUCACCAACACUUGGGAUAACAAGAGAAAUAAACACAGAAUCACUGCUAGUGGGAUAGAGCAGAAGGCCCAGUUCAUCUGUCUCCAGCUCCUUCUAGGGUGGAGACCACCUGGGGCUCCCUUCUCAGGGCCCUGCCCAGUGGGGUGAGCCAGUCCCACCAGGUCCCCAGCUCCUGUCAGAGCCACCUCCCCAGGGCUGAUAGACACAGGGCAUGGCCAUCCUCUUCAGAGGGACCUUGUCCCCCCACCUCCAGGUGGCUGGGGUAGAAUUUAGCCUUACCCUAAGUCUUCAGCAAGGCCACCGUAUCCUUUGAUAAGAGGCCAGGUUGCCAUCUUGUUUCAGCCCUGUAGAGUGGGUUUACAGGUUCCUCACCAUCAAAUGUUACCUUUUUAUUAUUGUUAUUUCCAUGCAAGAACUUGAUCCUUCAAAGGAUUUUUGCUUGCCAAAUGUGUAUUAAAUAACAUUGAAUUUGUCUUCUCGCUUUGAUUUUGCUCAUCGAAGGCAUAAAUGCUGCUCAGAUUUCUUCCAGUGAUAACUAUUAGAGCAGGCGCCUGUGAUGUGCGGGGUGCGUCUGUAAGCUGCCUCGCCUCCUUCACAACUGCCCAUCAGGCAGCCUUCACAUUCCCUUUCUACUGAUUCAGUGACUGUGGCACACAGACAUUUUUUUCAUCAUGAUAAGUGUACUCCUUAAUCCCUAUCACCUGUUUCAACCAUCCCUCCACCCACCUCCCCUCUGGUAACCAUCAGUUUGUUCCCCAUGGCUAAGUGUUUCUUGAUUUGUCUCUCUCUCUUUUUCUCCUUUGUUAAUAUCUGCACACAGAUAUUAACCUCACCAAGGCCCCCCAGUUAACAAGGGACAGUGGGCUUCAAUGCAGAUCUCACCCCUCACUGUUAGAGGAGCUGCAUUUUCUCCGGGCUGUGUUGCUGCCUUGCUGCCUUUCCACACAGAGAGAAACGUUACAUUGGUAUAAGCCCAGCCAAUAGCAAAAAUAAAACCUGUUAGUCUA